UACUACUACUACUGCUUGCUUCUGCAACGUCAAGCAGAGACACGACACCCUCUCUGGCUCUCUCUCUCUCGCCCCCAAUCUCCGAUACACACGUUAUUCGAAGAAGAACCUCAAAAAUCCUCUUUCUCUCUCUCCCUUUAUAUCUCGCUCUGUGUUCGUUUUCGAGAAACCAGAGACAUAAGCUCUAAAUUUAGAAAUGAAUCGAAGAUGACAAGUACGACUCUAGUAGCCGGGAAAUCCAUUCGUGGGGGAAGGUCAAGUUUUUUUCAUCGAAAUCUCUCUCUCUCUCUGGCAAGAGUUUUUGAAUGCCUCGCUUUGUUUCUCUUCGUGGUAAUGUGCAAUUCGAUGAUCCAAGAUUCUGCCUUAUUUUCCCUUUUUCUGGUUGGUUUUUUGGAAUGCUCAACGACCCAGUUCUGAAAAACCCAGACUGAAAUUCCUGAAUUUGUUUUUAUCUUGCUCCUUGUGACUGGAAAAAAGGCGAGAGCUUGAAUUGGUUUUAAGAGUGUCUGUGAACUGUGAUCAAGUGGAAGCGUCACGAGUUGGAAUGAUUUCUUUAAUGGUGGAAAAAAAAGGCUAGGAAUUACGAUUCCAUUGUUGUCGUGAGUGGAGCUUUUAGAUAUUGUCCUUGAAGGAGAACCCAAUGCUUAACGGCAUUAAGAUGGGAAUCUUUUUCUUUUCCCCUUCCUUGCUGUUUGAUUGACCACAACGGAAUCCCGAAUAACCGGAGACCUGCGGACCACAACCAGACUUCAAUCACGGCCUUUAAUGGCGAAAUUCAGCAGAAAAUGUGAAACCCUAGGAUUCAGCUAGGAACGGAAGAUGGGUACCACAGGCCAGAGGGACGAGGGAAGACAGAGAAAGAGGGAGAAUUGCCCUUCCGGCCUUCGUCAGAGUGUGGCAACUGACAUCUGUCGGUCUCCCACGGCCUAAUGCAACCGGAUCUAAGCCCUGUAACGAGCGAUCGCUUUCACUAGGAAAGCGAGCGCUUCAGAGAGAGGUGGGUGGGAUUUUGCAGAGGAAGAAGAGUUGCAGAGAAUAGUGUCUUGUUUCCUGGGUCGCGCCGCUCGUGUUUGUCGCUCGUGCGCUGCAAUCUUCAAUUUCAGAGAUCUCGAGGCCUUCGUUACGGUUUCUGUUUAUAAGAGGAGUCACGGUAACGUCGGUGAUGAUGUUGAAUGGUUGCAUUGCUUUACAUGGAAAUCGAGUCUGUGGAUCACUUGGAACGGUGGCUUCGAGCGGGAGACUCGCUCCCUGAAUUAGGGUUCUGGACUGUUUGUUGUGAGUAUUUAAACGGUUGCCAUUCUUCGGCAGAUGGAGAAGGUGUUGUGGGGUUUGGGAAGCGGAUUUUGAUGUGGAAUUUUGGUUUCAUCUGGAUUGAAAAACAUGCUGAGUCAUGAUGAGGAGGUAGAAGAAGAAGAACAAGAAGAGGAAGAGGAAGAACAAGAAGAGAAAGAGGUUUUCUACGACUCUGUGGAUUGUAUUACAAGCCUUGAUUCUGUGCCCUCUAAAAUUUCUGUAAGUUCGUAUGCAGAGUCGGUCUUCACCAAAUCAGAGUACGCAGUUUGGAUGAACGAGCCAGUGAGCAUUCGGGAACGUCGGGUGAAGUUUCUAUGCGGAAUGGGGUUCAGUGAAUUUGCUUCUUCGCAAGUUGGUUGCUCUCAGGAAAUUGACGGGGAUAUUCCGUGUGGCAGCUCACCGGAGCAUCUGAAUUUGGAAAGGAUCACAGAAUGCAGUGGGGCUGUUCCAAGUUCUUGGGCUUCGUUUGGUAAUGGGGUACAGGAAGAAAAUGUUUGUAAUAUAAGUGAUGUAACAGAUGUAGAAGCAGAGUUUGUAGUUCGUGAAGUUGAGCAAGAUGGAUCAAGAUCAACCUCAGCUCAAGAGUUGGAGACAUCUACUGGCCUUUUGCCUGUUGUUGAUGAUCUUAUACGGGAGGAGGUUAUGGUUGAUAAAGAAAACAGCAAACAUGGUCUGCACAAAUGUAAGAGGAAAAUAAAGAGUUGGUGGAAAAGCUUUAUAACUAAGAGGAAGGGAAGGGAAAUGAGUAACUCUGGUGUCUCCCUGACAGAUCCCAAGUCACCCAAGGCAAAUAGAAUGACAGUGCGGCAGAACGGGAAGAGGAUCAUGGAGUUCAGUGGGGUUUACUUGGGACAAGAAAUUCAAGCUCACAAAGGGUUCAUCUGGACGAUGAAAUUCAGUCCAGAUGGCCAGUAUCUAGCAAGUGGUGGUGAAGAUGGGGUUGUUCGCAUUUGGCAUGUUACAUCAGGAGAAGCUUCCUGCAAAUGUUUAGCUGCAGAAGGUACUUCCAAAUUUGUCAGCAAAGAAAAUGAAGGCAAGUUAUUGCGAGGAAGAAAGAAUUCGAACCCUGCUUUUGUUGUCAUACCCAAGAAAGUCUUCAAGAUUGAAGAAUUGCCACUGCAAGAGUUUCAUGGCCAUACCAGCGAUAUCUUGGAUUUGUCAUGGUCCAAAUCUAAUUUCCUUCUUUCAUCUUCCAAGGACAAAACUGUUCGUCUAUGGAAAGUUGGCUGUAAUGAAUGUCUUAAUAUUUUCCACCACAGUAACUAUGUGACAUGCAUACAAUUCAAUCCCGUCAAUGAUGGAUACUUCAUUAGUGGAUCUAUAGAUGGAAAAGUACGGAUUUGGGGUGUUUCUGAUGGACGAGUUGUUGAUUGGGCUGAUAUGCGAGAUAUAGUAACUGCCAUAUGUUACCAACCAGAUGGACAGGGAUUCAUUGUUGGUUCUAUUACAGGCACAUGUCGUUUUUAUGAUGCAUCAGAUAAUCAUCUUGAGUUGAAUGCACAAAUCUGCAUACAGGGUAGAAAGAAGUCUUCUAGCAACAGGAUCACUGGCAUUCAGUUUUCCAGGGAUGGUUUUCAAAGACUUAUGAUAACAUCAGCAGACUCCAGAGUCCGCAUAUUUGAUGGGGUUGAAGUCAUUCAUAAAUACAAAGGUCUGCGUAAGUCAGGAAGCCAGAUGUCUGCUUCAUUCACUUUAGAUGGGAAGCAUAUCAUCUCAGUAGGAGAGGACUCUCGUGUUUAUGUCUGGAAUUAUGAUGGCUUGUGUCUCCAAUCAUCCAAGCAAGCAAAAUCUGUUCGCUCUUGUGAGCAUUUCUUGGACGAUGGUGUCUCUGUUGCAAUACCAUGGUCAGCCACGCAACAGGAUCAUAAAUUGUCAGAUAGCUUUAGUCCACAGCAUUCCUCUAAAAGGCAGGAAUUAUUAGAGGCUACUUCCUGUCAUAGAGAUUCAGAACGGUUCUCUCUUGGUAGUUGGUUCUCCAUGGACUGCCCAUCAAGGGGUAGUGCAACCUGGCCUGAAGAGAAACUACCUUUAUGGACUGUACAAGUUACAGAUAAUGAUCAUAAUCAUCUUCACCACCACCAUAGCCACACAGAUCUAGCAGGAGUAUGGGGUAUUGUGAUUGUGACAGCAAGUUCUAAUGGAGUUGUAAGAACUUUCCAUAAUUUUGGAUUGCCUGUCAGACUAUAAGAGCAAGAAAAUCUUUGCCAAAACCAAAUUCAGAAUCAUGGGACUUCAUGACAAACUGCCUGCACUUACCAACUGCUUUUCGACCCGUAGUUUUGUGCGGAAUUGCCAACUCUGCUGCCUUAUUUCCUCAUCCUGUGGGAGGCCUGGUAUGUGUCUGAAAGAGCAGCAGCCAGUGAUUAGGGUUCUGAACUGUCCUGGCGAGUCUUUGAGAACAUAAUUGGCCGUUCUUCCAUGUUGCCAAGUAAUUAGUUUGCUGGCUAUAGGUGCCUCUACAAAUAUCAGUAGGUCAAUGUCAUUUGGCCAUGUCAUAGAAUUAGUAGCCUGGUUAUUUUGUCCAUGUCAUCAGGCUUAGGAGCAGCCCAGCCCAAUUCUUGGAAGCAGGUGCUGCAAAUUUUCUUUCAUUCAUAUAUCUGUGAGUAGAACCUGAUUUAUUUGAUAAUAUAAAAGAAUACAAAGGUUUCAUACACAA